AUGGCCUCAGAUGCAGCUGCCGACCCGUGGUCGGCACCCGACAGUGACCCUUGGAACACCGGUGAGUGGAACGGGGGGGCUUCUAUCGAGGAAGCCGUGAAUGAGCCCAAUGAUGCAAACCCGCAGACGAGAUCCCAAGGCGACAGCCAGCCUUGGGAAGACCAAGAGCCCAGGGAGAGUGCCCCGGCACCGAUGACGGACUCUUGGACAAGAAGUGACUGGCCUCGACGCCGAGGUGAUGGCAGCAGCGACGGGAGUUCUGGAGAUGCGGCGACCACAGCCGAUCGAAGGGCUUCCGACGGUUCGUGGGGAUCGUGGACCUCAUGGGGGACCUGGCAUCCCGAAUGGCAUGGCGGCUGGUGGAGCAGGUGGGGACAAGACGGAUGGCACCGCGGUCAUUGGGAUGACGGCGGCACUCCUUGGCCUACCUCCUCUACCGGAACUACUUUCUCGAACAACGCCUACGAACCGACCUCUACCUGGACGAGCAGCACCCACUACGCGGUGGCAGCAUGGGAGAAGAUGACUAAGCUGUCUUUGUCACAACGAGCCCUGGUUCUCUACCAAAACCUACAGGGUUCAGCUUGGGUAAAUGCCGAGUCACUCAACGUCAACGACCUCGCCUCUGACCGCGGCGUGGACUACCUUCGCGACUGGAUUCGGCAGCACUACUUGGACAUCGAGGUGACGCAGGUGGGCAGGUCCCUGAGCGAUCUGUUCAGGAAACUCCGAAGGAAACCCUCCCAGACCUUCCGGGACUACACCGCUGAGUUCAACAGGCUGCUGGCGAGGGUAACCGAAUGUGGAUGCAAGUUGCCAGAUGUGGCGAACGCUUGGCUCUACGUCGACAGGGCCAGCCUGGACGAGACGACGGAGGUCUCGCUUCUCGCCUCCGUCGGGAACAAGUACGCCCUCAAGGAGCUUCAACAGGCCGCCAUAGUGCUGGACAGGUCUAUGAGGAAGCCCUGGGAGAAGAGUGGACGGAACGAUGGCCCCCCUGGACGGCGAUACAAUUCGGUCAACCAUGCGGAGGACGGCGUCUACGACGGCGAGGCGGACACCGACGAGGAGACGAUGCUCGAGGACCACCUCGAGCAGGACACUGGCGAGCUCUACAUCUCCUACAUGACGGCCAAGGCCCGCUACAGGGACGCCGCGAAGUCCCGCGGCACGACCGACUACGGCUACAAGGGAGGUGCGGCGAAGGGGUUUGAUCCUACGGCGGUCAAGAAGGCGGCCGAGGCCAAAAUCCUCCUGGCGAAGUCGAAGAGCCACUGCGCGGCAUGCGGGCAGAAGGGCCACUGGCACAAGGAUGCUGUCUGUCCCAAGCGGGCCAGCGGAGAGAAGACACAAACGGUGCAUGUGACGAACGAGAUCUUCGAGCUCUCUACCUACUCGGGCGGGGAGGGCUUGUACGCGAUCCUGGACUCCGCCUGCUCAAAGACUGUGGUUGGUACGGCGUGGCUCGAGCGCUACCUGACUGCGGUCCGAGGCAGGGGCUUUGAUACCGACUUCAUCUACGAGAAGGAGUGCUUUAAGUUCGGGGCCGCAAACAGGAUCUACGAGUCCACCUACGCCACCGUCGUGAUGAUGAAUCUCCUCGGCAAGUGGGUUGCUGUGAAGGCUGCAGUUAUCCACGGGGACUUACCCCUGCUACUUUCUCGACCCGCACUUGGACGACUAGGACUAGUUCUCGACUUGGGUCUCUCUCGGGCCAGUUUUCGGAACCUCAACCCAGGGGAGCUCACACUCCUCGAGACAGCUAGCGGGCACCCAGCCGUCCCUAUCGACCAUGGAACAGAAGGCAAGCCGGAAAUUUCGCAGCUUCCCAAGAAGUGGGAGCCGCAUGGGAUCGAAGUGCUGAGCUCGCGAGUGGUGUACAUGACUGCAUGUGCUGGGGAUGUUGGGGUAGGGACUCCUACUGGUUCGUCGUCUUGCAUUACUAGCCCGAAGAUCUUCUACGACAAAAAGAUAGACCCCGCAGUUCGUGACAUGCUGGUUGCCGAUGUACUCAAC